GUUUCUAGGGACAUCCAGGGUCCCCCAGGAUAGAGCCCACUGUCCAGCUAUCUUCCCCAAGCAGAUUCUCAAGCUCCCAGAGUUACUUUUUCUCUGGAACUCUGCAGGCCACUCCCCCUGAUGCAAUCAAUAUCUGGGUUUGGGCAGAAAGGAGGGUGCUAUACGGCCCGCCCCUUCUGAGCUGUCUGGGCCGGCUCCUCUUUCCGGAACAAUUCGGGCAGCACAACAACUGAGACCUCAGCUCCAACAUCUGUUUUCUGAAGCAAGGAUGGCUGGGAUGGACAGGAUGUCGCAUAGUGAAAGGAAACAAUGUUCCAGGUCAAACUGAGUCUGCCAAACACGGACCCUCACGAAGAUUCUAGAAGAAAUCUUGACAAGUCUUAUCAUGUGGCUUUUCUACACCUUGAUUCCAUGUUUGCUCAUAGAUGGAGUUGCCCUUCUGCCUGCCCCUCAGAACCUCUCUAUACAGUCAACCAACAUGAAGCAUCUCUUAACAUGGAGCCCAGUGAUCAUGGCUGGAGAAACAAUCCACUAUUCUGUUGAGUACCAGGGAGAGUAUGAGAGCCUGUACAUGAGCCACAUCUGGAUCCCCAGCAGCAGGUGCUCACCUACCACAGUUCCUGAAUGUGACGUCACCGAUGACAUCACUGCCACCGUGCCAUACAACCUCCGUGUCAAGGCCAUCCUAGGCUCACAGACUUCAGCGUGGAGCAUCCUGAAGCCACCCUUUAAUCGAAACUCAACCAUUCUAACCCCACCUGGAAUGGAGGUCACCAAGGAUGGCUUCCACCUGGUGGUUAAGCUGGAGGACCUGGGACCCCAGUUUGAGUUCCUCGUGGUCUACUGGAGAAGGGAGCCUGGUGCUAAGUGUGUAACUGGUUUCUGGUCUCCUAAAGGAACAUGUCAAAAUAGUGAGGAGCAGGGGUGUUCCAGUGCACCUGGAAACCAUGGAGCCAGCGGCUGUGUACUGUGUGAAGGCCCAGACGUUCGUGAAAGCCAUCGGGAGGCACAGCACCUUCAGCCAGGCAGAAUGUGUCAAGGUGCAAGAAGAGACCCUCCCCCUGGCGCUGGCCCUGUUUGCAUUUGUUGGCUUCAUGCUGAUCCUUGUGGUUGUGCCGCUCUCCAUCUGGAAGACGGGCCGGCUGCUCCGGUACUCCUGUUGCCCCGGGGUGGUGCUCCCCGACACUUUGAAAAUCACCAAUUCACCCCAGAAGUUAAUCAGCUGCAGAAGGGAAGAGGUGGAGGCCUGUGCCACCACCGUGCUGUCUUCUGAAGAACUCCUCAGAACCUGAUCGAGGAGGCGUGGGGAAGGCCCGCAUGAAGCUGAGAAACCUGGUCUGCAUGACACAGGGGGAAGGCUGUGCUUCUGUGUCUCUGUUUUCCUCCAAGGACAAGAGGAGUCAGAAGAGCUUACUGUGUCCAUUUCUAGAAGCAACUGUCAGAGGCAGAGUGGUUUGGCAGACAAAGCACUGAGUGGGGGCAGAUGUGCCUACAGAACUGGAUCUAUCUGCCAUCCACUAGCUGAAUGACCGUGGGAAAGUGACUUGUUCUCUCUGGCUCUCAGUUUUUCAUUACAAAAUGGGUGGAUUAAGUAUACAACUAUUAUACCAUAUAUAUUCAGCCCUGGCAGAGCUGUAGGGAAAUUGGUGACGCUGUACAUUGCAAUUGGUGUGGCUCUUCCGAAGAGCAGUAUGUAAAAGUAUAACAGGCAUGAUCAGAGACUCUGUACACCAAGUGGGUUUGGAGAUCCCACUUUCCUAGAGGAAACCUUGAAAAGGAAAGGAAGGAUGGGUACAGUGGUGUUGGUUUCACUUUAAGCCAAUGCCUGUGCAGAGGUGAAUGGCUCAGCCUGCCCUACAAUGAAACUGGGACGUGCAGGAAUGCUGUGAGUAUAUGAAAUACUGUAAAUGGUGAAUAGUGUGUGCACAUUGAGGACAGCAGCUAAAAUGUAUGUGUAUGAUGAGACGACAACACAGAAGGACGUCAAUAAGUGCGAUAUUUGCUAUGUUCCUUUUUCCUGUAGGGUUGUUAAAGUAUAGAACUAAAAGCAGAAAGGGGUCCACCUUGGGUAAUCAUUUUGGUUUCUUCCAAAAAAGUGACCUUUAGGGUUCUAGUUAUAUCAAGGACCUUGAGUCCAGAGAGGCCACUGAAGACAACCUUUGGUCAGGAGGUGUAGGGGCGACCUUAGGUCAGGGAUGGGGCAGGAGAAGAAUAAGGGGGCAGCCUCUAGCCACAUGAGAACUCCAACUGAGGCAGCUGGCCAAAGCCUCCCCUGGUCAGGGGGCUCCUGGGUCUUCCUGGGGGCCUCACUCUACAGGGAAUCCCUUUGGGGAUCUCUUUUCCUUAAGAGGCCUGCCUCUGGAAGCUUCUUCCUUUUCCUCUCCUUCACUAGGAGGGGGAAAGAGGGUCAGAGAACGAAUGGAGAGGGGAAGUUCUUUUUGGCAAAGUGAUUGAUGGGCAAGGCCUGUGCCUCUCCCUUCUUAUCCCCCACCCCUAACCGCUCUGGAGCUUCUGAGCUGAUUGUCUCCAUGCCCACUUCCUGGUCCCCUUCCAGCCAGCCCAGUGGGGACCAUCUAACUGCCUCAACCAGGUGUUUCCCCCUACAAGAUAGAGGCCUACAACCAUCUCUCCACCUGGUGGGGUUUCAAGUGAUCAAAGGAUGGGAUCUCUCAAGAUGAGAUACUUGAAGAUCUUUCCCUUUGUACUAUUUUGUAUGCUUUUGUGUUGUUUGACUCUUUUGUGAAGGGUAUUUGUUAAUUUUAUAUUUGGCUUACACUGAAAACAUUUUCAUUUUGCAAAAAUAAAAACUAUUCUACUUCACUGAUCACCACAUUCCUUCUUCCCUCUUCCCAGCCUCUCCACUCUGGCCACUGUCCCUCUGUACCUGUCCAAGUUCAGGACCCAGAAAUGACCCAUGACUUCCCUUUGCUUGAGUCUCUCUCACAGUUGUCCCAGGGCCUAUCCAUUCUUGCUGGUAUAUGUGGCUAUACAGAAAGUUCUAUUGAUUAUUCUGUUGUUUCUUCAGGUCCCCAGAAUACAUUCAUUGAAGCCCAAACACACCAGACACUAAGCUAAUCCCCAGAGGGGCUGCCUUCUCUGUAGCUGGUUACGUCCUUCUCUCCUGGAGCACUAUGUCCUGACACCCCAGGCCUCCUUUCCCCCCUUCCAGGACACUUUAACAGUAAAAAGAGGCACAAGUAAUAACUCCAAUAGGAUGACAAUGGAAGACUGAUCAUGUGUUGCAGUCCUUGUUAUUGCUCAACCCAGUAGAGUGUGCCUGAACCCAGGAUCAAGCCCAGCUUUCUUAGUCCUGCCUUCAGGAUCCAAUAAACAAAAACCCCAAAAGGAGAAUCUAAAAGGAGCAUCCCAAAGGAGAAUCUUGGCUGACAUCAACUGACAAUAAAUUGGAAAAGUCAUGAGUCCAUAAGGAUACACAAAACAGCAAAUGCUAAUACAAUGAAU